AUGGUGCAGUCCAAUCGCAACAAAUUCGCUAUCAGUGAUAAAUUCUCUAUUGGUGAUGGUGGGGUAAUUUCUAAUAGAAGACUAGUGCAAGUCAGUUAUUACCUGAAAUCACGUGAUAAAUAUAUCCAUAAAGCUGCUGAGGCCUUCCUCGAAUACGAUACCAUACAGCAAAUUCUCAUGGACAACUCUGCCCGCACUCUGCAUUCCAUAACUCACAGCAACACCCAAGGAUCCAACUCCUCCAUACCAUCCUCGUCAGUUACACUAGGCUACACGCCCGCAGCGAUGGCAGCCCAACCGCAGACCAUCCAACCUUCGAGUGCAAGCCAGACGCAGUUCGGAGCGAGCGGGCAACAACAACAAACACAACAAAAACACAACCAGACUUCUUCUUCCACCGAGUCUGCGAACACGGCGCCCCCGCCCCCAGCAGCUGAUAUCUACCCCCACCAGGUCAACGGCUCGGGGGGUCCGUUAGCAACAGCCCCUUUUCUGCGAGACUUCAGUCUCGUCGCCGAAGCAGCGAAACGAGCGCAGAUGUCUGUCGUGCUGCGGGAUUUGGAGAGCGUCACUCUAUAG